CUUAUCGCCUGUGUGUGUCUUACCCAGGAUGAUUCCUCACAGUGUUUUAAUUUUGUGUACAGAUUCCUUUUUAUUUUGUCAUUUCAUAGGAACCUCCAGAAGUUAAGUCUCUUUGGGGAUAUAAGCAUUCUGCAACAACAUGGAAGUAUAUCAAAUACGUACCUCGGCAAGGUUGACCCUGAUGGCAAGAAAAUUAAGCAAAUACAACAGCUGUUUGAAGAGAUAUUAGGCAAUAGCAGGCAAUUGAAAUGGCUGUCUUGUGGGUUUAUGCUGCAAAUAGUAACUCCCACAUCAUUGUCCUCCUUAUCAAACCCCAUAGCCAACACCAUGGAACAUCUGAGCUUACUGGACAACCACAUCCCUGGUAAUACCACUCUUAUCACUGCGGUUGAAUUGGAGCGCUUUGUGAAUCUGCGUUCGCUCGCUUUGGAUUUCUGUGAUUUUACAGCUGAAAUGGCAAGAGUCCUGGCUGACAGCAACCAUGUGCCUUUGCAUCGACUGUCCCUCCUGGUCCACAGUGUUUCCAUAAUGCACAAGUCAUUGGACAGUAUGCCAGAAGAUGAGAAUUGGAAGGCGCUGACUCGCAACAGCACUAAUCUUCGGGUCUAUAUAAUGGCUUUUGAUGUCAAGAGUGAUGAUAUGUUAAGGAUUCUUAAGCCCAGUAUCCCCCUAGAGAGGAUUCAUUUUGACAGCUACAUCACUUGUGUUUCAGGGGCUGUUGUUGACCUCAUAUCCAGGCAGUAUGACAAGUUCCUCACUCAUUUUAUACUAAUGAAUGAUGUGAUAGAUAUGUCUGGCUUCCCAGAUCUUAGCGACAACCGGAAUGAAGAUCCACUUGUCUUAUUAGCCUGGAGGUGCACAAGACUGUCUCUCCUAGCUGUUCAUGGUUACACAGUUUGGGCUCAUAAUCUUAUAGCAAUUGCUCGUCUUCGUGGCUCCGACCUGAAAGUUCUGGAAGUCACAGAAGAAAGCAUUGAUUUUGACCAAGGAGAACUGGCUGAUCAGGAUGUGGAUCCAGUACACAAUCUCAUUGAGCAAGUAUCUCUCGGAUUGGGUCGACCUUGGCACGCAGUCAUGGACAUAGAACUGCUCAGUGUCUUCACUGAGCCAACCCGUCACUUCUACAGAGAGAUGCAGAGCUUCAGUGAAGGCAUUUAGCUCCUUAUUUACAAUUCCUGUGGUUACAUAUGCAAGUAGGGUCCUAUUAUGUUUUUUCAGUAGCGUGAAUUAACCCCUUUUGUGCUGUGUUUAAUCAGUAUUAGCUAUAUAGAAUUAUAUAUGUGUAUUCUACUUCUUGAUCAAAGAACGUAGUCGGGUAUUGGUUUAGAAGCUGAAAGUGGCAGUGUUUAGGGUUUUCACGGUUAAUGGACUUGUCUACCAAACCUUACAGAGAUACAGCCAAAGGCUGUCUGAGGUUGCCGGCUAACUUUACUUUUAUUGAGUAACUGCAUUUUGAAUGAUUUUACUGUUAUGUCGGAGUUCUCUGCUCAGGAGCCAACUCUUUUUAAUACCCAUAUCCCCAGCCCAGUGGAUUUCUAUGCUGUCAUUGUGUGCUUAAUCUGGUAGCAUGCUACUUAAUAGGCUUAAAGGAAGAGAAGUCUAUCCAGGGCUGUUCACUGUAAGACUCUCACCUUGCUUUAUUUCACGUGCAGAUUCUGAAGCAUGACUUCACUACCGUUCUCAGCUUUUCUUGGCUGUUGAGCAGUGAUGUGAGACACUAGCCAUUCAGGUAUCUGCACUUAGAGAUUCACUCCAUAAGUCUUUUGGAUUCUUUGCAAAGUCCUCCAUGUUUAUUCUCCUGUUCUGUCAUCUUCCUUAAAAGUUAGCUUUGGGCCAAAGUUUAAAAGUGAAAAGCAAGAAUGUGCACUCCGAUGAGGUAAAAACGUAACAGUGAAGACUUCAAUACAAAGGUAUACACCUGCAAACAAACAUUAGUCGUGAAAUCCCUAGCAACCGAGUCACUGGAUUUUCUCUGUCAGCGCCUGUGUCAGCUGCCAAAGAAUAGAUUAAAAACGAAGAAGUGCCCACAUGCUGGCAGGGGCAGGCCAACUUUUGGCCAGCCAGAUACUGCUAGAUUGUAAUAUAUAAGGUCGAAUUUCGACCUGUGGUACACAGCUGUGCUGUGGCUCAGUCAGCAACCUCAGAACUCUUAACAAACAUGCACCUGUUUCACUGUGAAUAGUGAAUGUAAAGGAAGGAAAGGAAACAAAUACAAAGCUUGUUCUAUCACAGGUAUGAGCUGCUAUGAUGCAUGAAGAACAUUCCAUGAAGUAUGUUUUAAAAUCUUGUUAUAUCUGAGAGGCUUUAAAAGCCGAUUUAACUGUUUCAGGGCAACCGCGGUACAGACGUGGUCUCUGUGAGACUUCCACCUGACCCCAGUUUUAAGUGGUACGAAUGUUGUGCAUUUAAUGUUUAAAGGACAGUCUGCAAUAAUAAAGUAAGUGGCCAACGUGGGUGCCCAGCAGUGCUGAGACCUGGCUGCUAUAUUGUAAGCUUUGGAAAACACAAUUUAUGCAACAGAUGUCCAGAUAUGAUUCUAUUUAUGGAAAAGUUUAUAUGUGUUUUACAAAUGGUUUUACCAUCUUAUAUUAAAAUGACCUUUUGACAGGUGUGCGCUGUUUUGUCUCCAGUGAGCACAUACCAUGCGGAUUUUAUAUGUACAUCAGUAGAGUGAAUCCACUGGCACAGUGUGUGUAUAUGCCAGAUGUGGUGAGAUUUUAUCUUAUAAAUGUGAUCAGAUAAAAAAAAACUCCUGACAGAAAAUGUAAGGAAACCAGCUGAAUGUUUGAAUUGAUGACUGAUGUUGUAUGGUUUAUGUUAAAUGUAUAUUCUUUUAAUCUAUGAAUAAAGCAUUAAAAAUUGAUCGCUGUAUAAAAUAUUUUAUUGUAUCAGCAUGAAGAUUUUUUAGAAUUAAAAUGCAACAUCGUUCAUAAACUGUGUAUAACUGGUAGCUCCCAUUGUGUUUAGGUCAACAAAAGAGUCUAAAAGUAAUUUUUUAAAAUUUGGCUGAAUUUUGUCAACAUUUUUGGGGGGGUGGAGGAAGGGGAAGGAUGCUUUGCUAAAGAUCAGACUAUCAGACCAGUUAGCACAAACAGUAUAUCAUGAUAUGACUUAUUAGACUGAUACAGUAAACUGUGGAUUGUAGAAUAUAGAAGACUAUUUUUGAGAAACUCCUGCAUCCAUUGCGAUUGCUUAAAUCAAAAUCUAAUGUGCUCAAGAACAAUGUGUAGUAUUUCUUUGGUGUCCCACUAUUAAAUAGAUUAUGAAUACCUGCAAUGCUUCAGUUUGACGUUUUAUCCGUACUCAGAGUACGUAGCUGUGCAUUCUGAAUGAAAACUGCAAUUGUCUGGUAAGCGGCCAAGAGCUGCCGGGCCCUGCAGUGGCUGAUGGUGCUGUGAGAAUUGUCGGAGUGACUGUUCCGUGUGUGUGUGUGUGUGUGUGUGUGUGUGUGUGUGCUAAGCAAGGAUUUGAGCUUCUGAACUUCAUUUUCCGGUAGUCCAAACUGCUACCAAGCAUGAGAAUUUUACUGCUGGUUGUUUAAGCAGUCUUCUAGAUCAGGUAGAUUUGGUAAGCAAGAUCAUUUACCAAUUUACUGAAGAGAUGUUGUGGGGAAUAAAGUAAACAUACAGCUUUUCAUGUGCCAGUAAAGUGAAAUAAUGGGACUUGGUCUCAGUGCCUUUCAGGGCUUAGCCUCCAGAGGGAGAUUUAUGUAGCAGUUCAAUCUGACAGGGAUUGUUUGGCAUCAUCUGGACCUUAAAUUUGGUCAUAAAGUGAUCAAGAUUUCUGGCUUUUUCUGUGUGACUUCCUGAAGCAAAUGCUUUGUCCUCUGGUUUAAACAGUUGCAGGAUGUUAAUUUUAUCUCUGCAGGCUUCUGUGUUUCUGUGGAUAACUGCCUGCCUUUAAGGCACUUGGGAAAUGACUUGUUUACCUUUCUGUUAUAUAAACCAGCCUCUUUUUAAAGCAUGAGUGUGUAGUGAAGCCUGUACCUUCACUAGUGUUGGAGAAAUACACUUCUGAUUGUUCUGUUGUCUUAGAAAUAAAUAAAAGUUGGUUCUGUUGUUUGUUUGUAUUUUUAGCAAUAAUCUGCAGGAUGAAGGGAUUCAAGUUGAAGCAAUCUGAAAUCAAGUGAUGGGAAACUAAGAUGGUCCUAAUGUGGAAAGUGCACUUGCAUUUGGAUUGGGGCCUUAUGAACUGUGUGAAAUUGCUUGGAGCUUGUAUAAUCCCAAACGGGAUUUAAUUUUUUUCUUUUUCCUAAAGAGAAAGUGAUGUCAAAUGAGGCUUGCUGCAUUCUAGAUUUAGCAGCAGGAACUUGCGAAGACAAGCUCUCAAUUGUUAACACUGGACUGCCUUUUCUUUUGGGGGCAACAGGGACUUUGGGCCUUUAGAAAAUAGCUAAUUGGCUAUAAAUGAUGCAACAGCUGAAUUAAGCGACACAGCAGUUAAAACAAUUUAACACAAAUGAUGCUUUGGAAUAUCUGUUGUCAGAAUUUGUUCUUGAAUAGCUCAAGUACAAAGGCUUAUCUAAUUGCCUCGGAGGACUAAACUGGAAGUAGAAAGGAGAUUAAAGAAAUUGCAGGAGUGAGCCAUGGAAGAGUUCUGCAGCUGAAAUAAGCCUAUGUGGAAAGAAGGGUAGGAGCAGGAGUACUGAGCUGCAAAAGCAGCUCCCUUGGCAGCCUUGACCUAAGCAAACAAAGAAAGUGGGCUGGAGGUUUUUUUUGGUAACUUUUAAUUAUGGGGUGGGGUGGCUGCAUUUACAUUAAAGGCUGAAACUGGGUUGUGUGAGUGUGUGUGAACAGGGGGAACAGCAGGUCAACUGCCUGAUGCUGCUGCAAGUUGGGGGCUUGUCGGGAGUUUUUCCUUCUUUGCCUUAAAGGGUCCUUCCUCACCCAGUGUCUGCGCUGUAAGUACAUGGUUCCCGGGUUGAAGCUACUGUCACAACAACCAACAGCUUCACAGCAGGCGGCUCCAGCUGGCACAGCAGUCAGCCAGCACCAGGGGAGCU